AUGCCAGGCAGCGGCCCUAACGAGAGGAUGACAUGGCCUGGUCCGGCCCUCCCCGCGGCACCCCCAACGCGCCCUCUCUCCUCAGCCCCGGGGACACCACCCAUCCCGCCCUUCACCCGGACCCGCAGCCUCAUGGCCAUGUCUCUGCCGGGCAGUAGACGGGCCUCUGCUGGAUCCCGCAGGCGCACCUCUCCCCCCGUGAGCGUGCGGGACGCCUACGGCACCUCCUCUCUCAGCAGCAGCAGCAACUCGGGCUCCUGCAAGGGCAGCGACAGCAGCCCCACGCCCAGGCGCUCCAUGAAGUACACACUGUGCAGCGACAACCACGGCGUCAAGCCCCCCACCCCGGAGCAGUACCUGACCCCCCUGCAGCAGAAGGAGGUGUGCAUCCGGCACCUGAAGGCCCGGCUGAAGGACACCCAGGACCGGCUGCAGGACCGGGACACCGAGAUUGAUGACCUGAAGACGCAGCUGUCGCGCAUGCAGGAGGACUGGAUCGAGGAGGAGUGCCACCGCGUGGAGGCCCAGCUGGCCCUGAAGGAGGCUCGCAAGGAGAUCAAGCAGCUCAAGCAGGUCAUCGACACAGUCAAGAACAACCUGAUUGAUAAGGACAAGGGGCUGCAGAAGUACUUCGUGGACAUCAACAUCCAGAACAAGAAGCUGGAGACGCUGCUACACAGCAUGGAAGUGGCCCAGAACGGCACGGCCAAGGAGGAUGGUGCCGGGGAGUCGGCCGGCGGGUCCCCUGCCCGCUCCCUCACCCGCAGCUCCACCUACACCAAGCUGAGUGACCCCGCCGUCUGCGGCGACCGCCCCCCCAGCGACCACCCCGGGGCCUCUGCUGAGGACGGGGCUGACAGUGGCUUCGCGGGGCUGACCGAGGACACGCUGAGCCGGACGGACGCGCUGGAGGCCAGCAGCCUGCUGUCGUCGGGGGUGGACUGCGGCCCCGAGGAGGGCUCGCUGCACAGCAGCUUCGGCCUGGGUCCCCGCUUCCCCGCCAGCAACACCUACGAGAAGCUGCUGUGUGGCCUGGAGGCCGGGGUGCAGGCCAGCUGCAUGCAGGAGCGCGCCAUCCAGACGGACUUCGCGCAGUACCAGCCGGACCUGGACGCCAUCCUGGAGAAAGUGACCCAGGCCCAGGUCUGCGGGGCAGUCCCUGAAUUGGGGGUCGGGGGCCCAGAGCUGGAGCCCCACCCCCUGGGGCCCAAAGACCCCAACUCCGCCGUGGUGGUGACGGUGGGUGACGAGCUGGAGGCCCCAGAGCCCAUCACCCAAGGGCCGAGCGCGCACCGGCCGGGUGCCAACCCCAGCCCCAGCCCGUCGGUGAGCGUGGCGUGCCCGGUGGAAGAGGAGGAGGCGGCGGCCGCCGAGAAGGAGCCCAAGAGCUACUGGAGCCGCCACUACAUCGUGGAUCUGCUGGCCGUGGUGGUGCCGGCCGUGCCCACGGUGGCCUGGCUCUGUCGCUCGCAGCGGCGCCAGGGCCAGCCGGUUUACAACAUCAGCUCGCUGCUGCGGGGCUGCUGCACUGUGGCCCUGCACUCCAUCCGCAGGGUCAGCUGCCGCUCGCUGAGCCCGCACGGCCCGGGCGCCCCGGCCCGCAGCUCCCAGCUGUGA